GUGGUUCUACCCAGGUGCCCACUCGUGAUGAAAUAAUGCAGGGAGGGGCACCUGGGGCUUCCUGCACCAUCAAAGCUGGAAAGUCGCCAUAUGACCUACAAGUGUGUCGGUGCGACGUUAAACCCUACAAAAAAUUAAAUACAGAUAAACAUAAAAAGAACCGAACGAAAAUUGUAGACAUGUACAUAAUUUUCACCAACGAAGUGCAGUAUCGUAUCUUUCUAUCAACAUGGGUCUAAAGUUAUAGUCUCGUUAUCAACACACUUCAAUAAUAAAAAAACGCAGCUGCAUAUUUGCUAUAUAUAGAUCGAAAACGCUACAAGGACGGGUUUUAUCUCAACUGUAAGUCAGAGGUCAAAGGUGAAAAGGUGAAACAGCUGAUUAAAAACAAACUUUUUUUCUGAAAGAUGACAGUCGUGUGUAGAGAGUGGUCUAGAUUGAUUCAGAAUUAUUUAUCGGAAUAUCAUGACGAAGGACACUCCUUUUAGUAUUUUCAUUGAAGGGUUGUGCGUGACAUAUGAUGUUAUUAAGACAUUGUUUAUAUCAGUCUUUCGAUUUUUUGUGUCAGCAAAGAGGAAGAAUGUACAUGGGGAAAUAGUGUUAGUGACUGGUAGCGGAGGAGCUAUAGGUAGUCGUCUGUGCACAGAAUUCAGUGCUUUAGGGGCCACACUUGUACUAUGGGAUAUAAACGAACGUGCCAACAAACAAACGGCAGAAAAAAUCAGAACGAAUGGCGGAAAAUGUUACACUUACACAGUUGACGUAGGUAACCAUGACGACGUAUAUAAAACAGCUCAAAAGGUCACACAAGAGGUUGGAGAGGUUCAUAUUCUCAUUAAUAAUGCGGCAGUCGUGAUAGGUCGUAAAUUGUUGGAUUGUCCUGACCAUGAGAUAGAGAAAACGUUUGAUGUCAACUUGCUCGCACAGUUUUGGACAGUAAAAUCUUUUCUUCCUUCAAUGUUGCGUCGUAACCAUGGUCAUAUUGUGAACAUUGCAAGUUCUACUGGCCUUGUUGGCCUUAAGAAUCUCGCUGACUACAGCUCCUCCAAGUACGGUAUCGUGGGCUUCACAGAGGUUCUGCAUUACGAGAUCAUAUUCUCGGGAUACAGUGGUGUACAUACUACCCUUGUAUGCCCCUCGUUUGUUAAAACCAAACUAUUUGAUGGCUGUAAAUAUAGGUUUCCAUCUCUGCUAGCUCCGCUUGAAGUGGACCAAUGUGUGGACAGAAUCGUGCAAGCAAUACUGACCAAUCAGAUCUUCGUUUGUAUACCUAGGAUGGUGUAUUUCUUCAGUGUUCUGAAAACCAUAUUGCCAGUAAGAGCUAUGAAUGCAGUUGUGAAGUUUCUCGGAGCAGCCCAAUUUAUGGACACUUUUGUUGGCAGAAAUGACUUGAAGAAAAAUGACCCAAACAGUAAUGAACUACCCAACGAAAUUGAUAGUACCGAAACUCGGUCAAAUCAUGUUGAUACGACAAAUAAGAAAGAUAUUUGAAUGUUUGGUUGGGAUGGGACAAGAGUCGGAUAUAGAUGUUGUUCAUGCCGUGUAUUGUGCCUUGAUAAAAGAAGUACUAUUAUUGUAUUUUAGCUGUUUCUUUUUUCAUUUUUGAAGGCACUAUUCCGCCAAGUUGUGCUUAUUAACCGGUAUUAAAAGGAAGUUGGCACAUUUCAAAUUUGUUUUCAGGGCGAAAUCAUCAACUUGAAAUAUCAGCUUUUGAUAAAAUUAUUGUAUGCAUUUUCCUGUAGAGACUGAACAGUUUAAAUAUAUUUUAUAAACAUAAAGUAUAUGUUUUGCUAGAACAGAAAGAAACAUGUUAUUCCAUUUUGACAUCGGGAGCAAUGAACAUUUGUAGAGGCAUAAUAUAAUUCUUUAUUGACGAAAUGUGCCCCCAGACAUUCGCUACAAUUUGAUUAAGAAGACAUAAAUGCUAAUUAUUUGUAGUUUUCGUCUGUGCUCAUGAAAUUACACAAAAUUACCAUCUUCAAACUAGGAAUAUUUUAUACUUCUUUAUUAUAUACCUACGAAAUUUCGGUCUGAAAUACUGCCUGUAUUUCACUAAUUUAUAUAAAACGCUGUAUUCAACUCAGUUACAAUCGGUUAGUUGCAACGUGAGAGAUUUACAACAGUCUUUGAGAUUAUUUCUCCUUUUACUUGGUUUUUGUACGGAUGUAAAACAUGUUUUUAUUUGCUGUGCAUAAGCACUUACCUUUACAAAUAUCAUACAAUUAGUCAGAACAGAGUGUAGUAUUUUGUAGUUAUCACUGUUGUUGUUGUUGUUGUUGUUUUUGACAAUCUGUGGGACACCAAUGUAACUGUUUGUUUGUUUUGUUUUGUUUAACGUCACACCGGCACAGUUAUAGUCAUACGGCGACUUUACAGAUUUUCAUGGUGGAGGAAGAGUGAAGACACCAGGUGCUCAUUAGGUCAUCAUUUUAUCAUACGCGAUUACCUGGGUAAAAUCUCCGGCCUUCCACAAGCCAGCUGGAUGGCUUACAUGAAGAAUUCUACGCCCCGAGUCAGGCUCGAAUCAAAAUCAGUGAGGGGCAGGUGACUUUAUCCACACUUUAUCCACACGGCCACGGAGCUCCCUCCACAACUACACACACACAACCACCCACCACAUUAUAUGCAUUUUGAUAAUGAUAAUAUUGAAUAUUUGGGGUAUGUACAAGUUACUUUGAAGUAACUUUGGCCUUUCUGCAACCGAGUGGAUACGCUUGCUGAUUUUGAAUCACUUCUUCCUAGCCGCUGUGUGUUCAAAACAGAAAUUUUACGAAAUGUCCGUUGCUCCGCUCGGGUGUCCGCCCUUGCCCAAAACAAUUCCUAUAUUGGUAUAUAGGGUCCAAGUUCCUCCGUCAGUAUAGUAUACAGCCUUAUUUUUUUUUGUGUGACGUUGAACUCAAUUAACAACAAUUAAAGUUAGGUGGGCUGAAAGCCUUUUUCCACUCAGUUUGUUUUUUGUAUUAUGUUGUUUAAAUAUGUAUAUACAUGUACGUACUUAUUCUAUCAUGCUUAUGGUAUCAAAUGAACAUAAGUGAGUAAAGUAUAAAACAUUUGCCAGGUAUCACAUUUUUAAAAAUACGUAACAACUUUAUGAUUUGCAUAACGAGUUAUUUUCAUGACCAUUUUAGCAAAAUGGCAGACUUAUAAGGUUAUACCCUGCAUCAGUAUAAUAAAGCAGAAAAAAUUA